UACUCCAUGUCAGAUUCAAACAAUACAAGCAACUUCACCAACCCCUCCACCUUCAUCCUGCUGGGCAUUCCUGGCUUGGAGGCAGCCCAUAUCUGGAUCUCCAUCCCCUUCUGUGCCAUGUACGCCAUAGCCAUCUUGGGGAACUUCACCAUCCUGUACAUUGUGAAGAUGCAGCCAAGCCUCCAUGGGUCCAUGUACUAUUUCCUCUGCAUGUUGGCUGUCACCGACCUGGUCCUGUCCACAUCCACCCUGCCUAAAAUGCUGAGCAUCUUCUGGUUCAAUUCCAGGGAGAUAAAUUUCAGUGCCUGUCUCACCCAGAUGUACUUCAUUCACUGCUUUACAGUGGUAGAGUCUGGGAUCUUUGUGGCCAUGGCAUUUGAUCGCUACAUGGCCAUCUGUGAUCCCCUGAGACAUUCCUCCACCCUGACAAACCGUAUCAUGGCCAAGAUCAGCAUAGCUGUGGUGCUGCGUGGGGGAAUACUAAUAAUCCCCAAACCCUUCCUGGCGAGGCAGUGGCCAUAUUGCAGAACCAACAUCAUCGCCCACUCGUACUGCGAGCACAUGGCUGUGGUGAAACUGGCCUGUGCUGACAUCCGCAUCAGUAGUUACUACGGCCUCUUUGUGGCAUUCAAUGUGGCUAGUCUGGAUUUGUUUUUUAUCACUGUGUCCUAUAUUCAGAUUCUCAGGGCCAUCUUCAGCCUCCCCACAAAGGACGCCCGGCUCAAGACUUUUCGGACAUGCAGCUCCCACCUUUGUGUCAUUUCAGCCUCUUACAUCCCAUCUCUCUUCUCCUUCCUCACCCACCGGUUUGGCCAGAACGUGUCCCUGAAUUUCCAUGUUCUCAUGGCCAAUGUGUAUCUCCUGGUGCCUCCCAUGCUGAACCCCAUCAUCUAUGGGGUGAGGACCAAACAGAUCCGGGACAGUUUGCUCCGGCUCUUUACUCAUCAAUGGGCCUAA